UAAUAAGAUUGAAAUAUUGGUUUUUUUUUUUUUUUUUUUGUGUGCAUUUACUUAAUUUCAUAGAACAAUGGAUCCAAGAUUGUUUGAGGCAGCCUGUAGGGGAGACACUGAUGAACUGCAGAAAUUUCUUGAGGAAGACCGGUUUAUGCUUGAAAGAUGUUUGCUAGCCCCAUACUCUGAGACCGUCCUACAUGUUGCAUCUAUGGCUGGGCAGGCUGGUUUUGCAAAGGAGGUUCUGAGGCUGAAACCAGAAAUUUCCUCAAGUCUCAACAAAGACGGGUUCGCUGCAAUACACUUGGCUUCUGCUAACGGGUUUGUGGACAUUGUGAGGGAGCUAUUGAUGGUGAAACAUGAACUUGGCCAUCUUAGAUGUAGUGACAGCAGAACUCCUCUUCAUCUUGCUGCCAUAACUGGGAGGACUGAAGUUAUUAGGGAAUUGCUUAGGAUUUGCCCAGCAAGUAUUGAAGAUGUAACAGUUGGAGGGGAGACUGCAGUUCACCUUGCAGUGAAGAAUAAUCAGCUGAAGGCCUUGAAAGCCUUGGUGGAAUCAUUCAAGCAUUCCAACAUACAGGAUCUCUUGAAUGCCAAGGAUGAGGAUGGCAACACUGUUUUACACCUAGCAACUGCUAGGAAGCAGGGUCUGACCAUGAAAUUGCUUCUUGGUGAUGGUGAUAUGGCUGCUGCUGCAGUGGACGUGAACCUCACCAACAAGAGUGGCUUCACUGUUCUGGAUUUGCUAGAUGUUGUCCAACAAAUUGUAAAUGAACCGGGCGAUUACAUCCUCAGGGACUUGCUUCUUCGCUCAGGAGCCUUGAGAGCAUCUGAACUGAUCAAGUCUUCCUCUGCUGCCACUCCUCAAGUUCACCAGAACAGCUCCAUCACUGAGCCGCCUCAGAUUCAGAACCAGCAGAAUGUGUUUGUGAUGGAGACUUCAUUUCUGAAUCCUUCUCAACUCUGGAAGAUGUCUGUCAAAGAAUUAGAACAGUCCUCAGAAGGAACUAAAAAUGCAUUGAUGGUGGUGGUUGUGCUCAUAGCAACCGUCACCUACCAAGCUAUCUUACAGCCUCCAGGUGGCUUUGAUGCUCAAGGUUGGAACAUAACACCAUUCCAAGGACCAGCUCUUAUGAUAAAAAGUCUGGCAUUAUUCAUUCCAUUUACAAUUCUUAAUUCUGUUGGAUUCUUCACAUCGGUUGCGGUUAUCAUUCUGCUCAUUAACAGGUUUCCUCUCAAAAAGCUGCUGCGCCUCGCAGUGUGUAGCAUGGCUGCAACCUAUGCCUGUGGAUUUCUUUACCUUGCACCUGCUGCUUUUAUUGUUUCACUGGUGGUGCCAAUGACAAUGGCCGUAGUUCUCACAGCAGACCCAGUUGGCUUCCGCACCCAUCUCACUAAGAUGAUGGCUAGAUUUAGAGUAGGAAGCAGGGGAGUUUCUAGAAAUGAAACCCAUGUUGAGGCCUGAGUUGUGGGUGUGUGCAAUGUUAUAUAUAGUCACUUAUGGUGCCUAGAAAUGGCGUCCUUUUCUAUUGUAUUGUGAAUUAGCAGCUUCUUCGCCUCAAGGACCUGAAACCCAUGUUGGGGCUUGAGUUGUGGAAUGUUAUAGAUAAAUAUUGAAGAUACCGUUUACCAGCUCUCCUAAAAAAUAAUCAUUUUUAGUUACAUAA